AUUCGGCUUUGAAAAGCGCAACGGAAUUAUAAGGUCGUGCCAAGCUUUCAAACUGAGAUAGUUUAUUUAUACCGUUUGCUUUUCCUUGGGAUCUACGUCUCUUGCGUACAACUAAGAUGGAUCCAACACCUGCUUCAAACGGGCCAGUAAUCGCUGGUUACUUUGUGAAUUGGGGUAUAUAUGACAGAAAGCACAAUGUCAUAGACUUGAAGCAAGACGCGCACAAGUUAACCCAUGUUCUAUAUGGUUUUGCAAACCUUAAAGAGGAUGGAGAAGUGUUCCUAGGGGACGCAUGGGCAGAUACAGACAAGCAUUUCCCUGCAGAGGAGACCAUCAACGGCUCUGCAGACACAUGGACAGAUGAACCUGACAACCUUUAUGGCAAUUUUAAGCAACUGCUGUUGUUGAAGAAGGUUUACCGCCACUUAAAAGUAUCCAUUAGUAUUGGUGGUUGGAGCUGGUCCACCAACUUUGCUGUAGUUGCAGAAAGCCCACAAAAGCGUGCUCGGUUUGUUGAGACGGCUGUUAAGCUGGUUGCUGAUUUAGGACUGGACGGUAUAGAUAUUGACUGGGAAUUUCCAAAGGAUGAUAAGGAAGCCUUCAAUUACGUUCAUCUGAUGUACGAAGUUCGAAUCGCCUUGGAUCGAUAUGCUCAAUCCCAGAACCAGCUGUCUGAGCCACGAUAUUUAUUGACUUGUGCUGUACCGUGUUCUCCUGCUCAAUAUCAAGUGUUGCGUUUGUCUCAAAUGCAGCCCUAUGUUGAUUUCUUUUACCUCAUGGCAUACGAUUAUGCUGGUAGUUGGGAUAGCGUCGCCGGUCAUCAGGCCUCUCUGUAUGGCGGUUCGUUUAACACACAUCAAGCAGUCGAGCAUUACCUGCAACAAGGCGUACCUCCCAACAAGAUCGUCAUGGGCAUGCCAGCAUACGGAAGAGGAUUUUCGAAUACAAAUGGAAUAGGAGAACCAUUUAACGGCUUACCAAAGGGCACAUGGGAUGAGGGGGUCUUCGAUUACAAGCAACUUCCUAAACCAGGAGCCACUGAACAUCAUGAUAUGCAACGGGUGGCAUCGUGGUCUCACGAUCCACAAACAAGAGAGAUCGUCACCUAUGACACCCCACAGAUCAUUGAAGCUAAAUGUAGAUACGUAAAGGAGAGAAGGCUUGCAGGAGCAAUGUUUUGGGAGCUGAGCGCCGAUCAUAAAGGGGAGCAUCCACGCAGCUUGGUUAACACCGUAUACAGAAGCUUCGAAGGAAGACUUGAUAAUUUACCCAACCAUAUUAACUACCAAGCUAGUAAAUACAACAAUGUACGAAGAGGUCUUGAUCAAUAGAAGAAUAUGCAGAUGUAGAACUUCGCGUUACGUACAAUAAAUGGCAAGCUUGUUUGACGUGAACCUGCA